UGUAAAUAACAACAUAUGCGAAACCAUAGAAAACUAAAGCCUAACUAAUAAGACAUGUCAUCACCAGAACAAAUAAUUGAAAUUAUUAUGGAUGAUAAAACGUACAAUGUCAGCAAAAGUAAACUGAUUGAAAAGAGCGACUACUUCCGUGCAUUAUACAGCUCUGGGAUGCGUGAAUCUGGCGAGGACUCGGUUCAGUUACAGGGUCUAAGUGUACCAGGGCUGGAACUGGUCCUAGAGUUCAUCAACACGUCUAAAGUUCAGGUUGUCAAUGAAACACUGGAGGAUCUAAUUGAAACAGCUUCUUUUCUGCAAGUAACGUCGAUGUUGAAACAGCUGCUGUCGGAAAUUAGACAGGAUAACUGCGUGGAGCUCUUCAAACUCUCGGAAGUGUAUGGAACGUACGACCUGCGAAAUGCAUGCCUCAAGUUCAUGAGCUGUCAUUACCAUCCGAUGUUACGGAGGCCAGAGUUCCGCUCGUUACCUGCAUCUCUGCGAGAUCAGGUCAGAGAGAUGCGUAUGAAAGGGACGGCCACUUUGGUCGCCAUUGGAGACUUCAUUGGCACCUGUCUAGACUUGGCAGACCAAGACGAGCCUUGGUCCAUGCUUCGGUAUAGCGAGUUGGAGCAACGCUGGAAGCCCCUCGCCAAUAACCUGCCCCAAGACAUGGUGAACGUGAGGGGUUAUGGGUCUGCCGUUUUGGAUAACUAUUUGUUCAUAGUCGGUGGGUAUAGGGUGACAAGCCAAGAGAUCUCAGCAGCACAUUGUUACAAUCCAUGUCGGAAUGAGUGGAAUCAUGUGGCGCCUUUGAAUCAGAAAAGGUCGAACUUCAAGCUGCUGGCAGUGAGAGGGAAGCUGUAUGCAGUGGGUGGGCAGUGCCUAGGUACUGUGGAGUGUUACAGCCCAGAGCAGGACUGGUGGACCUGCGUCUCUUCCCUGCCCGACCCGCUGGCCGAGUUCUCGGCCUGCGAGUGCCAGGGUAUGAUCUAUGUUAUGGGUGGAUAUACUUCCAGAGACAGGAACACCAGCGUGCUGCGCUACUGCCCCGUCUCUGACACCUGGUCUGUGUUCAGUACCUGCUCUGCCCAUGUUCGUAAGCAACAGAUGUUGUCGGUGGAGGACACCAUUUACCUGGUGGGUGGCUACACACACGAGCUGGAGCCGGGCCGUCGGAGGCCUAGUCAGACAGAGGAUGUGCUGACGGUGCAGUCCUAUAACGUGAGCACAGGUCAGUGGCUCCAGCUGAAAGAGAACACGUCCAAGUCGGGUCUGAACCUCACUUGCACACUACACAACGACGGCAUCUACAUCAUGAGCCGCGAUGUGAGUUUGCCCACCAGCCUGGAGCACCGCGUCUUCCUCAAGUACAACAUCUUUUCAGAUGCCUGGGAGGCCUUACGUCGCUUCCCCGCCCUCGGCCAAAACAUGCUGCUUUGCUCUCUCUACCUGCCCAACGUCCUCUGAAACUCUCCACCCUUCCUCAUGCUGACAAGAGCCUCAGAGUUGUGC